UGUGUUCCGGGUUUCGGUUCUGUUCAGUUUAAACGCACAGAAGUCACUAAAUAAUUAAAAUACGAAGUAAAAAUUAUUUAAAGACUAUAUUUAUGGAGGAAAGUUCUCCUUUAUCGCUUGUUAGUGGGGUUGGGAUCGCGGUCGUGUCCAGUUUUAUUAAUGGCUCCACGUUUGUGCUGCAGAAGAAGGGAAUACUGCGUUCACGCAAAGCUGGAAAGUCCUACCUGUCUGACUGUGUGUGGUGGACUGGGACACUGGCUAUGAUCGUGGGUCAGGUGGGGAACUUCCUGGCACACAACGCAGCGCCGGCCGUGUUAGUGACCCCCCUCGGAGCACUCGGGGUGCUGUUCGGAGCCGUCUUGGCGUCCUGGCUCCUCCAGGAGCAGCUUGAGCUACUGGGUAAACUGGGCUGUGUGCUGUGCUGCUGCGGCUCCGUGGUGCUCAUCGUUCACUCCCCGACGUCUGACGGCGUGGCGUCCAGAGCCGAGUUCCAGCAGCGUCUCCUCGACCCGGUGUUCCUGAGCUACAUCACCCUGGUGGUGCUGCUGUUGGUGCUGCUGAUCGGCUGGCUGUCUCCGGCAUACGGCAAAUCCAACAUCAUGGUGUACGUGGGAAUCUGUUCCCUGUUUGGAAGCUUCACCGUGCCGAGCUGUAAAGGCCUGGGUCUGGCUGCGAAGGAGGCGUUUGGCGGAGCUCCUUCUCCUGAUAAUGGGGCUCUGUUCCUCUUCCUGUGCUUGCUGGGAAUUCUCCUGGUCAGCAUCCUCACCCAGUUCACCUUUAUCAACAGAGCCUUGGAGAACUUCAGCUCCAACAUGUUCGAGGCUGUGUAUUACGUCACGUUCACAUCCUCGGUCAUCCUCGCCACCGCCAUCUUGUUCAAAGAAUGGGAAGAGCUUGGUGUUCAGGACUGUUUGGGUAUUUUGUGUGGAUUCGUCACAAUAUCAGUAGGAGUGAUGUUGUUACGAAUAUCUCAGGAAGCCGUGCUCACAUGGACUCCAGUCAGAACGAAAGAGGACUAGUUUAGGUUUCUUCAUGUCUCCUACCUCAGUCGACUUCUUCCUCGACUAUACCCAUCAGUGUUAGACUACAGCACCCCUGCUGGUCAUGGUUCAUUUUAUUAGCAACUUUUUAUCUUUAUUAUUAUUAUCAUGUUCCUCUAUGGAAAUGUAGGAAUUCUGUUUUGUGGUUGUUAGACAUAAUCAGGGCGUGGUUUAACUGGUAACACACAACUAAGUAAAUAAAGCUAAAUAAAUACUACAGCUUGUCUAGACAACAUCCAAAUAUUUAGAUCAUGGGUGUAAAUGCGACAUCCUGUUAUCUGUAUGUCCAUUCUGUUAUCUUUCUCAAUGUUACUACUGUUAAGUCAAUCACUUAGGCUUAUAUCAAUCCCAUUACCCUUACACCGUUCCUGCUGUCCUUACGUCAUUUCCCUCUACCAGGUCAGUCCCAUUGUUAUUUUCGCUUCCCUUAUGGCUUUCCUGUUACCCUUAUGUCACCCUUCUUAUUCUUCUGCAAACCCAUUUAUCCUUAUGGUAACCUCUUUACACUUUUCCCACUUAACACUUCCAUGUUGUAAUUUAGACCCCAAAUAAAACGGUACUUUGAGAAAAUUUAACACAGGGCUAAUCACUGAGACGCAGUGACAUUUUUUUUCCUCUACUUUUUCAAUAAAAAUAUGGGUGUGUUAAAAGUUAUUUAUGACCAGGUGGUGGGACGUGAAACUGGAAAACUGAGAGUUAUAGAGAAGAUUUUAUUACAUAUCUUAUACAUCUGAAAGUAUCAGGACGAACCAAACACACCAAAUGUUUUGUUGCUACAUGGUUUGGUAUCUAUUUCAUCUGAAAUGUGUCUAAUCCUUUGUACUCAACUUUACACGUGUAACUCAGAUGUCACAUCUGACAGCAGUGCCUUUUCCCUGUAGGAGUGUGUGUGUUGUCAUAAACACUCCGAAUGUUAGGGUUGUGAUGGGGACUAGUGAGAUGUAGUAUAUGUUCUGAAAGAAUGGCAUUGUGACUGGAGACGACACACACACACACACACGUACACAAAAAGUUCAUAGAGACGACAGCGUUCACACAGACGCCUUUAUUUCCCCUGGCCAUGUAAACGGGUUAAUAUAAUCAACAUCAAACAGGCGAAUUUAUACAUUUUUAGUUUUAAAUAUAUUAAUAGAAAUUAUAAUUAUAAAUAUUAUACUAGGAUAAGUAUUAAGUUUAAAAUAAAUAAUAAAAUAUUAUACUAGAAUAAUG